CUGCAUUUUACAGCGAACCAAGUAAAGGAAAUGACGUGUGGGGCGUUCCGCUGUCGUGGGUAUUCAGUGUUGCUGCUGUAGUGUUGAUCAGGCUCUUGGCUCCAGAAUCAUAGUUGCCAUGUUUCAAUAGUAAUAGUUGAGUUACAUACACCAGGUGUCCUCGAGUAGUGCAACCUAGAAAAUAAGGCGGGCAUCUCUAGAGAUGCACAAGUUCUACCAUUAUUUUGUCACAUGACUUUUAAAGUACACAGCCAAGUGUGUCAGAGCAAAACAGGCUUGGCUUGUUCAGAGCUCUGGAACACCACACGCUGUAUUUAAACUAUUUGCCUGAAUUAUCAGCAGUUACUAUUCAGGAAGUCGUGUUCAGGAGCACCUUCUGUGAGCUAACUCAAAGACAAGAGGGUACUUCUUUCUCAAAAACUCACAGAAUGGAGGAAUAGCUCUUCUGUACUUACGAGUAUCCAAACAUCCAAACUGGUUGGAUAGUAAUUCCCAGGCCUUAGCGGUAGACUCUCACCCUGAGCGAAUGGAGCGGGGAAACGAGGUGGGAAAUUACCACCAGCUGAAGGUGGAGGAGGAUGAGGAGGAUGGCCUAUCCACCGUGCCCUCUGCCCCAGCCGGCUCUCCUCUCUUCCCCCUCAUGGAGACUCGGCUGUACAAACGACGCUGGCUCAUGCUCUUCGUCUUCGGCACGUUCUCCAUGAGCAACGCCUUCAUGUGGCUUCAGUACAGCAUCAUCAGCAACAUCUUUGUGCGUUUCUACGGCGUGAACGCCAUCCGCGUCGACUGGCUGUCCAUGAUCUACUUCCUCACGUACAUUCCGCUCAUCCUGCCUGUCACCUGGUUCCUGGACAACCGCGGGCUCCGGGAUGUAGUGGUGGCGGGCUCGGCCUUCAACUGCAUCGGAGCCUGGAUCAAGACGAGCACGGCCCGCCCUGACAUGUUCGCCGUCACCUUCCUGGGACAGUUUGUGUGUUCGGUGGGCACGGUGUUCCUCCUGGGCAUCCCGUCCAGGCUGGCCUCCUUGUGGUUUGGCCAGCAGGAGGUUUCCACCGCCUGUUCCAUUGGCGUUUUGGGAAACCAGGUGGGCAUCGCCAUCGGGUUCCUGUUGCCCCCCAUCCUGGUGCCCAACGUGGACGAUGUGGAGGAGCUGGCGUACCACAUCGGCGUCAUGUUCUACAUCACUGCUGGCGUGGCCACCCUCAUCUUCGUCUUGGUGGUCAUCGUGUUCCAGGAGAAGCCGGAGCUUCCCCCCAGCCAGGCCCAGGCCCAGGCCAGGAGCCUCUCCCCGGACCAGUACUCCUACAAGGCCUCCAUCGGCAGGCUGCUCUGCAACAAGUCCUUCAUGCUCCUGGUGCUCACCUAUGGGCUGAACGUGGGCUGCUUCUACGCCGUGUCCACGCUGCUCAACCGAAUGAUCACAGAGCAAUACCCGGGUGAAGAGGUGAAUGCUGGUAGAAUCGGGCUGACGAUUGUCAUCGCCGGCAUGGUGGGGUCCCUCAUCUGUGGAAUAUGGAUGGACAAAACCAAGACCUACAAACAAACCACCUUUGCGGUGUAUCUCCUCACCUUCAUCGGGAUGCUGGUCUACUCCUUCACCCUGAAUCUGGGCCACAUGUGGGUCGUGUUUCUGACCGCCGCCAUUCUAGGGUUCUUCAUGACUGGAUACCUGCCUCUGGGGUUUGAAUUUGCUGUGGAGCUGACCUACCCAGAGUCGGAGGGCACCUCCUCAGGCCUCCUCAACUGUUCUGCUCAGCUGUUUGGAAUCAUUUUCACUAUCAGCCAAGGAAAGAUCAUGGAUAAAUGGGGCACACUGGCUGGAAACAUCUUCCUCUGCGUCUUCCUACUCAUUGGUACCAUAUUGACAGGAUUCAUUAAGUCAGAUCUUCGACGGCAAAAUGCCAAUGCAUCAUGUGACCCACAGAGGGGGAGCAAAAAAUCAAGCCUGGAUGACGGUGUCGAUAAUCCUACAACACCGAAAGAGGCCAGGUUGUGAGGCAGACUUGUUCUAAACGUCUUGUCUAAGGAGCCGGACGACUCUUCACAGCCUCAGACAGCAUGACGAAAGCAGGCAAAUUACUCGGGUGCACACUCAAACAUAAUGGUGGUGAACAGCAAGCUGCUUUCCCUAAAUGCUCAUUUGAAGAGGAACACAUACAAACUGAAUAAGAUAGGAUGUGUGUUUAUACUAAAACUAUCAUACUGGUUGGACUUGUGACCAAAGUGUCACGCAAUGGCUGCUAAGUAAUCCAAUCAGAUAGUCGGAGUGAAACUCUACCUCGGCAAUGAGAAACGACCCCGCCCUAAAGGCUUACGGUUCCAUCUUUUCACCAAUGAUUUCCCUCCUUAUCGGUGAACCCCCGAACUGGUGAAAGCCAAGCCUUUUAUCUAGUGGUUGAUGAGCUUGUUGGCUCAACCAUUCUCAGCCAUGUAGGAACCGGAGGGUGGCCCUCAUGCCAAAUGCUGGAUGGAAUAAAGCAGCCAUUGGUACAAAUGUGUUCAAACUGUCAUGUGUAGUAGCAUCAGUUGCACUUGUAAUUGCACACAUCAUUUCUUUGUGUUAGUCCUGUUGGUUUGGGAGUGUUGUCAAAUACAAUUUGAAAUGUAUAAUUGUUGACACAUUUAUUAAGAAUGAUUGUAUUUAAGUGUUCUUUAUCUCUUAUUUUACCUGCUCCUCGCCAAAUUAUUUUUCUAAUAUUUUUAAUCAAGUGUAAUAUUUUACUGACAUUUCGAAUCGCUGAAUAUUCCAAUUCUUUACAUUGAUAAAGGUAUUACUUUGUUCUUAUUUAAGAAUGUGUAUUCUAAUUCUACUUUAAACACUGCCAUUUCUGUGAUGGCUGUUUCAAGCACAUCACCGGCCUCCUCAAAUGAAUCAAUUACAUAUCUCUAAUCACCUUUCAAUCUGCGGGCUAGGCCCGUGCAUCUGACUACAUUUUAAAGGUGAAACCUAAGUCUGUUUACUAUUGUUAUUUAAAUAUGCUGGUGUGGUUGUGUGGGAAAUAUUCAUUGUAAACCCAUUGACAUGCAUGAUUCUGAAAAGACAACUUGUGUUCAAUCAUUUACAGUGGAUGGAUUUUAUGUAAUAUAUUGGUGAUAUUAAUGUAAAUUACCUGUUUUGAUAAAGUAUGAAAUAAAAGCAAUAAUACAACCAUAAUGAAA